CAGUGCGAUCAUUACAAUGCGCAAAGAUAUUAUUUUCUCAGAUAUUUCUUAUCGAUGACCGGCGACAGCAUAUAAUGAGAAUCAUAUUAUUUUAUUAAAGCAGUUCGCGCAAGGCAUUGAAGUAGUUUAUAGGCAGUUUACUUUAUAUUCCGUUAAAAUGUUACGUUAUUUAAUAGUUUUUAUUAUUUUUGGCGGGUUUUUUGUGUCCAGUAUGACUAUUGUUAAGCCUGGACCGAUGUAUCCACCGACCAAAGGGGAGGUUUGGCCAAAACCGCAACAACAAACAAAACAUGAAUAUUAUUAUACUUUUGAUGCAGCGGAAUUUAAAGUUAAGGUAACAGACCAUACUUGUCCAACCCUCGACUCAUCAUCGGAAAGGUACAACUUCGUGCUACGAGACAUGAAACGUAUCGCUCAUCGCACGCGCAUUAGCCUGAGGAAACGGAACGUUAGGGACGCGGAACACAAUGACAAACAUUUAGGAAAGAUAGUGCGACUGGACCUGAAACUGACGUCGCCAUGCGAAGAGUAUCCUUACUUUGGAAUGGAUGAGAGCUAUAAUCUCACAAUUGCAACACAGUCUCUGCUAGUCAGUAACUCAGUAUGGGGAAUUUUGCGAGGAAUGGAAACUUUCUCGCAACUAUUCUACUUGGCAGAUGUCAACUAUGAGGUGCGAAUUAACAAAACCGAGAUCUACGACUACCCGCGUUACGCUCACCGCGGCUUACUUAUAGACACCUCGCGCCAUUACCUGUCUUUAACGAAAAUACAGAAGACUUUGGACGCUAUGGCUAUGAACAAAAUGAACGUAUUGCAUUGGCACAUUGUGGAUGAUCAGAGCUUCCCGUAUAAGAGCGACAAGUUCCCAGAUUUGAGCCGUAUGGGUGCGUACCACCCGUCAAUGGUCUACGACAAACAGGCCAUCGAGGGAGUCAUCAACUACGCAAAGAACCGCGGCAUCCGCGUCAUACCUGAAUUCGACGUUCCCGGUCACACUAGCUCAUGGGGUGUAGCAUACCCGAACAUCCUGACGCGUUGCUACCAAAACGGCCAGUACUUGGGCCUGGGUCCCAUGAACCCGAUACACAACGUGACGUACAAGCUCCUGCAGGACCUGUUCCGCGAGGUGCAGGAACGGUUCCCAGACAAAUACUUCCACGUGGGAGGUGAUGAAGUUGAGCUGGAUUGCUGGGAAUCGAAUACGGAGCUGCGUGAAUACAUGACACAACACGACAUGACGUCGGCAACCCAACUCCAUUCCCUGUUCAUGGCAAACGUUAUCCCUCUCCUUGGUAACAACGCUAAAGCUAUCGUGUGGCAGGAAGUAUACGACGAGGACGUCACCCUCUCCAACGGCACGCUGAUACACGUGUGGAAAGACAACGACAUUAACGAAAUGAUUUCUAUCCUAAGAGACGGACACCAACUCAUAUACUCAUCGGCAUGGUACCUCGACCACCUGAAGAGUGGUGGCGACUGGGCAGACUUCUACCAGGCCGACCCCCGGCAAAUGGUCAGGCGGUACGACAACGACGUUAAAGUUGAGAACAUCGUCGGUGGCGAAGCUUGUAUGUGGGGGGAAGUCGUUAAUGACUUUAAUAUAAUAAGCAGGGUCUGGCCCAGAGCGAGUGCAGUUGCUGAGAAGUUGUGGAGUGCAGAGAUUAACAGCGUCCACGAGGGCUUCUAUGACUACAGGGUGCCGAAUGAUGUCUACUCUAGACUGGAGGAGCAUACAUGUAGGAUGAACCGACGAGGGAUACACGCCCAGCCCCCCAGCGGACCUGGAUUCUGUCUAGGCUCGGUUUAAGAACUAAAUCUAUAUCCAGUCUCAAGUUGUUAAUUUUGAAAGAUACUUUGUCCGUGUAUAAUAUUUGAAAUAUUAUGCCCAUGUCAUAUGUAUUUAAAGGUUUUUCUUCAUGUGUUUUGGCACAAAAUAGUCUAAAGUAACUACUUUCCAUCGAUAGGCAUAAGUUGUCAAAUUAAGAAAAAAAAUGUUUUCUCUGAAAUCAAAUAUAUUUCUAUAUUUGAGGUAAUAUUUAUUGUAUAAACUUAAUUUAAUAAGACCUUGUCUUGCGGGAAAUUAAUUUAAAUUUAACGGUCAAUAUUUACAAUUUUGACGGUUAUUUGCGUCCCUACUAUGAAGUUAAUGCCAUAUUUUAGCGUAGGUAACAAAGCCCUUUCAUUGUAGCACAAUACACGUAAACAUAGAUACUAGAGAAAUGAGGAAUUACUUACUUUUCACUUUUUAUAUGUUGCAUAUCUAUAUAUUUUAUGAAUUGUUUGUAGUUUUUAUUUUUAAGAAUUGUUUGUACAUUUUUCUUAUAAGAAUUACGUACCAUUAAAUGUUUUAUGUAAUC